CUGGGGAAGAGGGAUAGGAGAUACAGAAGGAAGGAGGACAGACAGUCAUACAUACAGGAGUUUGUCAUGAAGGGUCAUACGCAAGAAACACUUGUGAAACAUCAACAGCACCUACAGAGGCAAAGGGAUGUUGUCGCAUACAGGAUGAAGAAGCUGGCAGCUAAGCAGGUUGACUUUACAAAGAAGACCAAUGCACUGAAGGAAAAGAUUAAGAAGAAGUACGAGGACAUGAAGAGGGUUCUGGAUAAGGACCUGCGGAUUACGCUGACCCAGCUGGAAAUGGAGUAUCAAGCCACAGAGUGCACCAUUGAGGACAGAAUAGAGCGCUGCUACCACCUCAGUCAGGAACUUGACCAGGAGAUAGCCCAGCUCAGCACCCAAAUGGAGAAAGAGCAUACAGACGACAAGGAUGCGGAAACGGAGAGAAGAAUAGCAGAGACGAUGAAGGCUACGGAUCCAGAAUUGCUUCAGGUGGAUGAAUUUAAAAAUGAACAGCUCUUGAGUUUAACCAUCAACCUCCUGCUUUUCAUCCGGUCCCAGGUCCCUGUCACCAAGAAACUCUUUCAGAGCUAUGCCUCUGACGUUGUCCUUGACCCUACCACUGCCCACCCGAAACUUAUAAUUUCCCCUAAGGGUGACUUGGCAGAGUACACGGACACCUGGCAAGAAGUCCCAGAGAACCCCUCACGCUUCGACACCACCCUCAACGCCAUCAGCCAGCAGGGCUUCCGAGAGGGACGUCACUAUUGGGAGGUACAGGUAAGUGGGAAGACCUACUGGGAGAUAGGUCUCACCUACCCAAGCAUCCCACGCAAGGGCCGUGAGGAGGACUGCUGGCUGGGCCGUGGAGACGAGUCUUGGGCAAUGGAGUUCUUUAAUGGGGACUACACAGCAUGGCAUGACAGGGUGGCCCAUGCGCUCCCUGUGGUGGCCGGACAGCACUUCACUCGCAUCGGUAUUUACUCCAGCUUCCCCGGGGGCCUGGUGUGCUUCCUGGGGGCCGACACUAUGACCCCUCUCCACUGCUUCUAUGUCGCCACCUUCACCAAUGUCCUCCACCAAGCUGUGUGCCCUGGGCACGACAAUCAGGGGUCCAACUGGAAGCCCCUUAAGAUUUGCGAUGCCUCACGCUCUGCCCCUACCCUCUGAUGGAGGACAAAUGCUAAGGGUGGAGGGAAUGGGGGUGGUAUAUAACUUUUGUCAUGUGUUUCUUUUGUGUGUUAUGAACCAUGCACACCAAGUCUGAUUUUUUUUCUGCACACCUGGUCUGACUGUCUGGUGCUGCAAUCUUAUGUCCGCUUCCAAUCCAAACAAGUUUGUGUAUGUGUAAAAACUGACUAGCCUAUAUACAUUUCCAGGAGCUUGAAACACACACCUAAUGUUGAAACAUUUGUUUCUACACCCUUCGGACUUUGUGUGCAGGCCCUUAGGCAAAGUUUUCAUUUAGCUAAAUUGAUUUAUUGUACAUCCAGGAUUAGCAUGUGUAUGCGACGUUUGUACGACAAAAAUAACACACAAUUCAUUUUACAAUACAAUUCUUCAUGUUUAAUACAAUAAAAUGGUGUUUACAUAGUCAUUCCUUUGAUGUGAAGUAAUUUAAACAGUGUAUUGCCCCAGAUUCAAAAGGAGCCAUAGUAAAUUCACAAUAUUUCCUUUUUUAUAGAAUUUGUCUUCCUUUUCUAUAUAAUAAUUUUUCUAUUUUUCUUUUCAAAUAUAUUCCUGAGUACAAUAGCAUUUAAACCUGGAAAGCAUUUAAAAUAUGAUUUCCCCCUUCAACUCUAUUCCAAAACAAGUGGAGCAAACACUCCUUUUAGUACAGGUUGGGCACUACAUCACUGAUUCAUGUGUCGAGAGGAUUCAAGAGUGCCAUCUGUGUGAUUGACAGGUAUGUGUAGAAUAGGUAACAUGUCUACUCGGUUGCCAGCAUACUGUUCACUACUGUGGCUUAUAGAAUAAUUUUGUAAUCAUGUAAAAAAUAAAAUAAGAAAAUGACUGAUGAAAUUAAACAAAGACUGUAAAAAGAAAAUGGCAAAGAAAUUCAAGAUGGCACCGAAUGUUUUCCUGAAGUUACUAGCAAUCCGUAGUUGCAAUCCUGUAAAUUGCUCUGGAACGUUGCAGAAACAUUGGAACAAUGCAGUGUGCGAAUUAGUACAGGUGAAUUGUGAAUGAUAAGACUUGUAACCACCAGUAAUAGCUGCCUCUGCAGAUGACAGAGUAUUUCUGGCUUUGGGACAAACAUGAAUAUGCAAUAACAAACUUAAAUCUGUGAAUG